GCCUCCAAUAACAAAGACGUUUGGUGUGAAGCCGGCGGAGGAACAGACUUAUAAAAACAUCAUCAGCUGCAGCAGGAGCUGGUUUGGUUUACCUGCUGUCGGGGCAUCUCUGCUCCAACGCCUUCACAUUAUAAUAGGGCUCAGUUCCAGUGGGAGCCUCUGAUCCACCGCCUGACUGCUUAAUCCACCUCCCGGUUGGUAACUCAUGACCUCGCAUCCUUGUUUCCUGAUGUGGUGUUGGUGAUAUGGGAGAGUGGUGGAUGACUGUGCCAGCAGGGACAUCUAUGGGAAACUAUGAGAUCUCCAGCAUAUCGCAUGUGACAAUGUCCCCCUCGAGACAGAACAACCUUGUGUCGAUGUACUCGUCUUUGCCCCUGACCAAAAGCUCCUACAAUGUGAUAAGUGCCUUUUGCACUGAGGAUAAUAUCCCUCAGUGCAUUUCAUACAUCAAUCAGGAGCUCGACACACUAGGCCUCUCUUCCACAUGCAUUGAGGCCAGCUCACCAGGGGCACCCGGCCUGAGCCCAGUGCCCGCCCUGAAUGCCAUGUAUGAGCUAAUGCAGCUUCACAGACGCAACAUGUGCACUUUGGAGGAGCUGGAGAAAGAACAGCUGAAGAAGUCCAGCGCCUUGGACCACGUGCAGAUGAACAAUUCCAGACUCAAGGAUCAGUUGGAGCUGUCCAUACGGGAGAAAUCGGGUCUACAUGAGACGGAGAGACAGCUCCAACUCAAAAUUAAGACUUUGCAGAGCUGCUUAAAAACAGAAAAAGACGAGGUUCAGAAGCUCCAGAGUAUCAUUGCCAGCCGUGCCUCUCAGUACAGUCAUGAUGCCAAGAGAAAAGAGAGAGAAGCUGCGAAGCUCAAGGAACGCCUCAGCCAGCUGCUUGUUGACAGAAAGGAUAAGAAACUAGCUAUUGAUGUACUGAAUUGCCUGGGAAGGGCAGAUGGAAAAAGGAGCCACUGGAGGACCGCAAAAUCGACAGCCAGCCACGAGGGUGAGAUGUACAAGUCCUUGCUCAAUGACUACGAGGCGAGUCAGAGGGCCUUGAUGCUGGAGAACGCUGAGCUUAAGAAAGUCCUCCAGCAGAUGAAGAGGGAGAUGAUACAUAUCCUGAGUCCACGACCGCCAUCCACGAGAGGAGCCACUACUGAUGACAGCCAGGAGCAGGCUGAUUCAGAUGGGGAGGAGAAGGCAGGUGACUCAAGCAGGGAAACUCUGGAUCAAUCUUGUGAGCAUGCUCGGGAACAGCUCACCAACAGCAUCCGCCAGCAGUGGAGGAAACUGAGGAGCCAUAUGGAGAAGUUAGACAGCCAAGCCUCACAAGUGCAGAAUCAACUGGAGGCCAAUAAAGAGGUGAUACCAAGGGAGACCCACGAGGAUGAGAUGGAGAGGAUGAGGCGUGAAGUGCAGCAGUGCAAGGAGUUCAUUCAUGCACAGCAACAGCUCCUCCAGCAACAGCUCAACACAUCAUUUGAUGACGAGACGGCAGCUCUCCUUAAUGACUGCUACACACUGGAGGAGAAGGAGCGGCUCAAAGAGGAAUGGAAGCUCUUUGAGGAACAGAAGAGAAACUUCGAGAGGGAGAGAAAGAACUUCACAGAGGCUGCUAUUCGCCUGGGGCGAGAGAAAAAGGCCUUUGAGGAGGACCGUGCCUCUUGGCUCAAGAAUCAGUUUUUGAACAUGACUCCCUUUACUGACCGGAGGAGGUGUUCCUCGUCUGACGGUCAAAGUGCCUUAUCAAUCAGAAGUGAGCCAGAGAUGAGAAUGUCUUCCACGAAAGCUCAGCUGGCCAAGUCAUCAACCUACGCCACGUUCUCCACUCCUAAACCUACACAAAAUGCUGCUGUGCCAUCCACAAGCGAACUUUACCGGACACUCCGCCUGAUACCAGACAGCAGUUCCUCCAGACACUCAAAUCGAGGACGCUGGCAGGAGUCCAGCUCCAUUGAAGACGGAGAAAUUCGUGUCAAAUCAAAAAGCAGACUUCGAUGUGGAGACUUGAGUAUCUUCUCUCUGGGUGAAGAUGAGAACAGCCCCACUUGAAGAACUCCCCUUUUUGUGAUUUCACAGUGGACUAUAGCAUCGAUUCAUGGCUGAAUUGCAUCACCGCUUAUUGUUGUUAUGGACACACACACACGGAUCAUUCACCAAAGCCGAUCAAACAAGAAAGCACUUUAAUGAUUCUGCCAUUGAUCAUUUCUUUCCUUUCAGACAAAUCAACACUGACAACUCAGAUUUUAAGCUAUAUUUAAAGGAGGGUAUCUACCAAGUAGUGAUUUGAACACAUUUUUUUUAACAUGUGGUUUAUAUUGAAUGUUAAGAUUUAGUUUGACAUUAAUGUUUACAUAUUCUAGAUGUAUAAAUUAUGAUUUAAAUGGGAGCACAUAUUGACAUAAGAUUGAUACUGAUCUGCUCAGUUGGUGUAAAGGCACAAUAAAGAUAUUUUUAAUGAAA